AUCACUACAACACUGUUAAUAAUUUAGAGUACAAGAAACCACUACUACAUAAUAAAUCAGUAUGAAACAGUGUCAAAGUACUAAAAUAUUCAGCAUUUUGUAUGAAAUUUAGAUUGUUUAUAUUAAUUUUUAAUAUAAUUUGGGGUAUUCAUGUCUGAUUUAUUUAAAUUUGAAAAUAAGGUUGUAAUGCUGUCAACCAGCUUUACAAAUUUACAUCCUCAAAAACAUUGCAAAAACUGUCUCCAGUCCAGUAAACAUGCUUGUUUCAGUAGUUAAACAUACAGCUUUUAUAAUGCAUGAAGCUCUGUUGAGCCCUCAAAUGACACAUAAUACACAACACACACACUGUACCUCUCUGUUAUAAGUCGCACUCUGUUCCCUCUUUUUCACUUUACCUUCAUGGAGCCUUUCUACCAUCUACCUCCAUCUUCCACCCCCCGUGACCUCCCCUCCCCUCACCCCUCGUUGAGAAAGGUUGACCUGGAUGCCAUCACCAACGAGUGGCUCUUUCUCACAAUGGAAACCACUCCAGCUCCUUCCCUCACGGCAACCCCUAUACCUCCCACACCACCCCCUCUUCCAACUGACCUCACACCUUUCCUAAAGGCUCAGGAGCCUAAGGCACCCUCACCUGCACCGUCACAAAGAGGCUUCACCCUGCUGCCCCAGACUUUUUCCAGAAUCCCUCCAAUUAAAGAAGAGAGUCUCAGUUUAGGUCACGUCGCAGUUGCUCUGCCUUUCUCCCAACCUCCUCCUCCUCCUCCUCCCCACCCUCAUUUCUCAUUAACCUCUCCACUGCCUGACUCUUCCCUCCAAUACAACAGCGGCAGAGGGUCACACAUCACUAAAACAGCCCAAACGUUAAACAUUGCUAAGCCAGAGGUUUUGUACUGCACAGAACCAGAGCCGAUAAAGUCACCCACACACGUUCCUCAACAGCACAAGUCCACUGUGCAAGUAACCAAAAGCAGCAAAACCCCUGACAUUGAGCUGCAUGUAAAAGACCCUUAUGACGAGCUGUUGUCCAUGAUUCUGGAUGGUUCCAGCAGUACAGACGAUGAUGACGUUUUGUCCGCGGUAUAUUCCCCACCAGCUGUGCCGAUGGACAAAUUUCAGAGCAGGUUUAAACUAAAAGCAGAAGAAUCCCAUCAGCCUGCAGUGAAACUCCCUGCUAUCCAACCAGCCAGCGAAUCGGCAGGCAGCGUUCAGUUAGAGGUGCAGUUUCACAAGCCUGUGUCGAUGGAACCACUGUCCAUUAUGUGGGGAGGGCCGUCGAAAACUCUGAAUGAGGAACUAGUCGAGUAUCAAAGACCACCGUCGGUGAAAGGAAAGGAAUUUACUGAAUUAUUCAUUGAGGAAGAGGAUGAAGCUAGAGAGGACAAAGAGGAGGAUGUUUUUAAUGAGAGACUCGGUCCACAGGCUGAUGUCUGUCCUUCCACUCUGACACAGCUUCCUCACCCCAGCCUCCCCUCACCCUCCACAACACCACCUCCGACCUCCUUACCUCCCCCUUCUUCUUCUUCUGCUUCUUCUGUCUCCCACUCACAAAAGCAUGACACUAUUGCUCCGUCUCCCCCCGUCUCCCCUCAACCCUCAUCCUUUCCUCACCUCACAACAUCGCCGCAACCUCCGGUCUCUCCUCCCCCACCUGUCUCACCGCCUCCCCUCCCCUCCUCUCACCCCUCUCCAAACCUUCCCUCACAGCAGUCCUCCUCUCACCCCUCACCCCUUUCUCGUCCAGUCCCGUCUUCCUCCGGGUCAGAGUCGCCUAUCCCCCUUCCCACCCUCUCUUCCCCGCUCCCCUCCUCUCCUCCCCUCACCACUCCACGCUCUCCCCACCCUGUACCCCAUCCCGGGCGUAGGUCUCCAAAGGUGAAGGAUCCAGUUGUUGGUGGUAAACCUCCUCGUAGCCCCAUCUUGUCCCGGAGGUCCUAUCUGUCACCCAUUAGAGGUCGAAGGGUAGGGGGGCAUGUCUUCAUUCAACCAUGCUAUGUCUCUGUGCAGGAAAGAAUAGAAAUCUUUCCAAAAAAACAUCUCAUACAUAAUUGAUCACCACAUAUCUGCAGUUUAAGAUGCAUGGCAAAAUAUGCUGUUAAACUUAAUAAUGUCAUUUUCCUCAAAGGGAAAGGAGGAAAUUGUGUUAUUUUUGCUAAAUGAAUUGAUUUUAGGGCUGAUUGUUUGGUUGGUUGGUCUGUCAAUAACGUUUGUUUUCAAAGGAAUUGUCCUCACCUCUGGGUAUGAAAUUAUCCCUUAUUAUUAUACCUUUAUCUAUUCAACUGCCAUAAACCCAAAACCAAAGCCCCACAAAUACCACAAAUUGAUUUGCUGUCUGUUUCUGUCCCUUUC